GUGGAUACGUGUAUUUACAUUGCCUGGAGAAUCUUGGCCAUGGGUUAAUAUUCUUGGACACAGCUAAGUUCCUACAAAACCCGUGAUCCGUGUUUGAUAACUGGAAUCUGAAUGAAAAAAAGGAGAGGGAUACGUACCUAAAUACGCUUCAACAUGAAAAUGUGAUGGGUGGGUCAGGAACAGAGUGGUUGAUAAUGAAGAGGGAGGGUUAGGGGCGUGGAAUAAAUAGUUAUUAUGUGAAAAUUAAACCCUUACGAAAAAAACAACUGGUUGAGCAACCAGCCUUCAUAGCUGCAGCAGGCUGUUUUCAAUAGUGAGAAUCCAGUAAAAGCAGCAGCAAUGUUGUUCAUAAAUCAAGUUAUGAUAGCAUUGGUUGUCUUCCUUUGGGUUAUGCAGUUUUUAAAGUUACAACGAGCACGGAGGCGCCUUCCUCCUGGACCAAUUCCUCUCCCUGUCCUUGGCACCUUGCUGCAGCUGAACUUCCAGAUCAGUCGUGACCAGCUCAUGAAGCUGGCAAAAAGUUACGGCAACGUGUUCACCUUGUGGUUUGGAUGGGCCCCGGUGAUCGUACUGAAUGGAUUCCAAGCAGUGAAGGAUGGUAUGACCACACAUCCUGAAGAUGUGUCUGGGAGGCUGGUGUCUCCUUUCUUUAGAGCUAUGGCCAAAGGAAAAGGGAUUAUGUUGGCCACUGGUCACACGUGGAAGCAGCAGAGGAGGUUUGCACUGAAGACUCUACGCAACCUGGGUCUGGGGAAGAGAGGUCUGGAACAACGAGUGCAAGAAGAGGCCCAGCACCUGCUGGAAUUCUUUGCGAGUUUGAAAGAGAAACCUCUGGAUCCUUAUUACCCUCUCAUUCAUUCCGUCUCCAAUGUAAUUUGUGCUGUUGUUUAUGGACACCGCUUCUCCAGAGAGGAUGAAACCUUCCAUGAACUGAUUAGAGCCACGGAGCAUAUCUUCAAAUUUGGAGGCAGCCUUCUUCACCAUCUGUAUGAAAUCUUCCCCUGGCUGAUGUGCCGUCUCCCUGGUCCUCAUAAGACAGCACUGUCUUGCUAUGACAUCCUGAGCUCUUUUACAAGGCAGGAGAUCAGAAAGCACAAGGAGAGAGAGAUACCAGAUGAACCGCAGGAUUUCAUUGACUUUUAUCUAGCUCACAUUGAAAAAUCUGGAGAUGAACCCAAGUCUACGUACAAUGAAGAAAACAUGGUUCAUUCUAUAAAUGACCUCUUCUUGGGUGGAUCAGAGACAACAAGCACUACUUUAAACUGGGGCCUGCUCUAUAUGGUGGCAUAUCCGGAUGUUCAAGAGAAAGUGCAGAAGGAGCUGGAUGCUGUUUUGGGUCCUUCCCAGACCAUCUGCUAUGAGCAUCGGAGAAAACUGCCUUAUACGAAUGCUGUGAUUCAUGAGAUCCAGCGCUUCAGCAACAUUAUCUCUAUUGGCAUGCCCAGGGUGUGCGUGAGGAACACAACAUUGCUGGGAUUUCCUCUCAAAAAGGGCAGCAUUGUUCUUCCAAAUAUUGCUUCUUCUUUGUAUGACCCAGAGCACUGGGAAACACCUCGACGGUUCAGCCCUGGUCAUUUCUUGGAUAAGGAUGGAAACUUUGUGAGCCAAGAAGCUUUUUUGCCAUUCUCGAUAGGGCACCGGGUGUGUUUGGGGGAGCAUCUGGCAAGGACUGAGCUCUUCAUUUUCUUUGCCAACCUGCUACGGGCAUUUACCUUCCGGCUCCCCGAGGGAGUGACGAUGGUCAACACUGAGCCCAUUUUUGGGGGCACGCUGCAGCCCCAUCCGUACAAGGUUUGUGCCAUCCCACGUUAGGCUGCGGACAUCACAGACCAGCUGCACAGCAGUCUUACUUUUGUGAAUAUAUGGUCUCAAGAUCACACAUACCAACUCCAUGGUCUUGAGAUUAUAUUACUUUUCUCCCUGCUGCUCAGAAAGUCCCUUUUGUCUACAUUAGAGGAUUUUGUUUUUCAAACCCUGUUAUGUGCUCUUGAAGGUGAUUUCUGUUUUUGAACUUACUCUCUUAACUGGAAGCCCACCAUUGUACUCAGCCAUGAAGACAUCAUGCAGAUGCUUUCUAGCCCAGCAGAUUUAGAGACAAUAUCUGUUGAACAAAUGAUAACAUUGACUGCAGUCUUCAAAAAUUAAGUCACUAUUGCUGAGCCAUUCUAUUGUUACAAUCAAUGUAGUUUGGAAAACCGUGAGAGGAAAAUUCUGCCUCUUGAUAUUAUUGUCAUCACUCAUAACGUUUCAGUCAACUUUUUGUUGAAGAUAAUUAAUAAAAGACACGAAGGAGGAAUACUAGAAA